CGCGCCAUACGCGGUUGGCAGUUCACGCGCGUCAGACGUGCUUGCUCUCGCUCUUGCUCUCUUCCUUGCUCCGUCGCCCCCGCAUUUGGUCCAUUUAUCCCAACAGACCUGUUGCACGCUCUCUCGUUCCACGCGAUUCCAGUUGUUUUGUUUUUGUUAUUGUUAUUCCAGCAGUGAGAGUGGUGGCAACCCUAUCGAGCAGCUCUAAACUUCGCCUACACGCAAAGUAGUAUCAGAAACAUCCAAAGGAUAUUCAAGCUUCAGCCCAGACAAACUUGCAGAGGACUCAACGCACAGUCAUAUUUGAAUUAUUUGCACAACCGCCGCCUACACACAAUGGGUUCCAUCAACUGCAAGGAGUACAACACCACGGGAAGUACCCCCAAGAAAGAAAAAUCUACAGGUGGUGCCGUCGGUUCGUAUCAGUCCAAGUGCAGCACCCAGAGUCCCAGUACAACCAUGUCGACGGAAGCCUCUUCGCCGGACUCGGAGUACACCAGUGCCGUCCGCGUGGACUGCAAUGUGGCGGAUCUGAAGGAGAACGAGAUGAAGCAGGUGGACUUCGAUGAGGACACCCGCGUGCUGCUGGUGAAGCAGAACGAUCGCCUGCUGGCCGUAGGAGCCAAGUGCAGCCACUAUGGUGCUCCGCUCCAGACUGGAGCCCUGGGCUUGGGUCGAGUCCGCUGUCCCUGGCACGGCGCCUGCUUCAAUCUGGAGACCGGCGACAUUGAGGACUUCCCCGGCAUGGACUCCAUUCCCUGCUAUCGCGUGGAGGUGGGCACCAAGGGACAGGUCAUGCUCCGGGCCAAGCGAUCCGACCUGGCCAAGGACAGGCGACUCAAGAACAUGGUCAAACGCAAGCCCGACGAUCAGAGGGUGUUCAUCGUGGUCGGCGGCGGUCCUUCAGGCGCUUUGGCCGUGGAAACCAUCCGCCAGGAGGGCUUCACCGGGCGCCUCAUCUUCGUGUGCCGCGAGGACUAUCUGCCCUACGACCGCGUCAAGAUCUCCAAGGCCAUGAGCCUGGGUAUUGAGCAGCUGCGAUUCCGCGACGAGGACUUCUACAAGGAAUACGACAUCGAGCUGUGGCAGGGAGUGGCCGCCGAGAAGCUGGACUCCGCCCAGAAGGAGCUGCACUGCAGCAACGGCUAUGUGGUGAAGUACGAUAAAAUCUACCUGGCCACCGGCUGCUCCGCCUUCCGGCCGCCCAUUCCCGGGGUCGACUUGGAGAACGUGCGCACCGUUCGCGAGUUGGCGGACACCAAGGCCAUAAACGCCUUUAUCACUCCCGAGACCCGCGUCGUCUGUCUGGGCUCCAGCUUCAUCGCCCUGGAGGCAGCCGCUGGCCUGGUAUCCAAGGUGCAGAGCGUCACGGUGGUGGCUCGCGAAAAUGUCCCGCUGAAGGCCGCUUUCGGCCCCGAGAUUGGCCAAAGGAUGCUCCAGCUGUUCGAGGAUAACAAGGUGAUCAUGCGCAUGCAGAGCGGCAUCACCGACAUCAUUGGCAACGAGGAGGGCAAGGUGACCGAGGUGGAGCUGGUGGAUGGCACACGUCUACCCUGCGACCUGCUCAUCCUGGGCACGGGCUCCAAGCUCAACACCCAGUUCCUGGCCAAGUCGGGCGUUAAGGUCAACCGCAACGGGUCCGUGGACGUCACCGACUUCCUGGAGUCCAAUGUGCCCGAUGUGUACGUGGGCGGCGACAUAGCCAACGCCCACAUCCACGGCCUGGCCCACGAUCGCGUGAACAUCGGCCACUACCAGCUGGCCCAGUACCACGGACGUGUGGCGGCCAUCAACAUGUGCGGCGGGGCCAAGAAGCUGGAGGCCGUGCCCUUCUUCUUCACCCUGAUCUUCGGCAAGGGCUUGCGGUAUGCGGGCCACGGCUCCUACAAGGAAGUCAUCAUCGACGGCAGCUUGGACGACUUCAAGUUCGUGGCCUACUUCAUCAACGAGGCGGACACGGUGACGGCGGUGGCCUCGUGCGGUCGGGAUCCGAUCGUGGCCCAGUUCGCGGAGCUCAUCUCGCAGGGAAAAUGCCUCGGACGCGGCCAGGUCACCGAUCCCGCUACUCGUGAGGACUGGGUCAAGAAGCUCGGCGAACCGCUGCCCCAAGUUCGCUAAAUAAUCAGCUAUUUGUGUAUUGUCGCUAAGAUUUGUUGUUAUUUAUGUCAUGCAAUCGUUGGGUAUUCAUUAUAUACUCGUAUGCAAAGAAGCACUUAGGAACUUAUCUGUGUAUAUUGAUAAUUGUAGUUCGGGGGAACUUCCUUGAGUUCCUGCCGCGGAUGCCGCUUUUGGCCCCAGAGAUCAAAGAUGUAAGCUUUUUCUCCCUUGCCACACAAUGUAUUUUUUUUGAGUCAUAUUGAAUUAUUUUUGCUAAAUAAAGUGUUUUAACGAUGUCGUUAUUUAA